AUGUCUAUUCCACGGCAAGCUGGAAAUCAAUUCACAUCCGUCGGUGCGGCAUCUACUUCUACAAACGAGACAGAGGAUUACGAUGAAUAUGGCUAUCAAAAACAUAUUUCUAAAGGAAUGAAUUCUCAUAAAGGAUUGAAUUCUCGUCAAAUUCGGGAAGAAAUUAAGCGAUUCGAGAGUGUACACCCUUGCAUUUAUCAGAUCUAUGAUAUUCUUGAUUGUUUGAGCGAGAACGAGAAAAAACACGAUUCCUUGGGCGAGAAAAAGCACGCUUUAUUGGACAAUUUGGAGCAAAUUCGGCAGCAAGUACUGCUAAUCGAAGAUGCUUUCGUGAAUUCCCAUGAGUGGACGUUGAGUCGAUCAGUUACGGAAAUUAGAAUUGGGCUGAUAGGUGGAAACUCCUCGGGCAAAAGUGCUUUAAUUCAUCGUUAUUUGACAGGACGCUACACAGAAGAAGAAACUCCAGAAGGUGGACGAUACAAAAAGGAAGUAACGAUUGAUAAUCAAAGCUAUUUGCUCCUCAUUCGCGACGAGGGUAUUUCUCUACCGGAUGUAGAGUUUGCUCAGUGGGCGGAUGCAGUACUACUUGUGUUUUCCGUUGACUCGUCAGAUUCGUUUGAACAGAUUGAUAGCUACUAUGAACAUAUGAAUCGAUUUCGAAAUUUAUACGACAUUCCGCUUGCUCUGGUUGCAACAAAGGACUUGAUUUCUUCAAGUAAUCCCCGUCAUGUCAUGGAAAAUGAAGGAAGAGAGAAAGCAAGCUGCUUUGGCAAACGAUGUCAUUAUUACGAAACGUCUUCUGUACAUGGGCAUAAUAUCGAGCGUGUAUUUAAAGACACUGCGAUCAAGGCAAUAAACUAUCGAGAUGUUUCAAGAACGAAAUAUACAACGCGUCAAAAUUCUUCUUUUACAUCGGAAAAUUCAACGAUGGAUUCAGUGGAUACUCGAGUGGUUCCCAAUUCAAUGUACGCAACUAUGCGACCAGCCUACCCUGAAGGAGCGUUUCGCUCGUCAUCUGCAUUAAUGAUUCCUCAGCCUCUUCAAAGUCGGGAAAUGACUUCGUCUGCAUCAGAUAGAUCCAUGUCGUCAAGCAAUGUUCUGGCACAACGAACAGAUUCACGAUUUCGCUCAUCAGGAAGUGCUGUUAAAAACAUACAAGCCACUUACACACCAAAUGGUUUUGCCACACGUUCUUCGGGGACACUACUGGACUCUGGAACCGAAAUGACUACUUCUGCAGCAGCUGGUUUAUGCGCGACCGAUGUUCAUUCCGCAUCAACGUCUCAUCUAUACGCAAUGACGCCCGGAAGCACUCCCACUACUCAACGAAAGAGCAGGCGAAUUUCAAAUAUUUUCGUAAGUAGAAAGGAUAAUGGUCUUGAGGAUAAAAAUCGAAACCUCGAUGUGGGUCAAGGUCGAGCAAUACCAAUAAAACAGGGUUUCCUCUACAAAAAAUCAAGCAAGCCGAUGCUUAAUCGUGAAUGGAAGAAGAAAUUUGUUUGCAUCUUUCCAGAUGGUCGCCUAAUUUAUUAUCCAAGUUUAAAGGAUUAUCAGGAAAACAAAUCCACUGGAAAAGCUGUUUUUCUUGGGCUAUGCACCGUGCGCGUGGCCGGAAGACAGCACUCGAAGGUUUCGCUUAGACCAAACUCAUUUGUUGCUUCUGCUGCAAACAAUCUUUCACACACACCGGAGCGGAAGCAAGAUGCUCUCUUCCAUUACAAUACCAAGGAAAACACAUCAGGAGGCAGUGAUGACGCUGGAAAUUUUGUAGCCCCAGUUAAUCCACCAGCUGGAACUAUGCCAAACAAGAAAAUGACUCGUAGAAGAGGAAUUGGCACUGGAGCACGAAACGAUCGAGAAGACGAUCAAGGGGAUUAUUUUGAGAUUGUUUCGCAUGACCAAAAGCAUUGGGAGUUUCUUGCCACAUCAAGUGAGGAAAGAGACCAGUGGGUUCGGGAAGCUGAACGGCAAAUUGGACGAGCACUGGAGACCGUUAUGAGUGAUCCAGCAGGCAAAAAGGAAUCUGCUCAAAUGACGAAUGCAAGAGAAAACAGCAACAAGAUUGAGGUUAGCGCAAUACUGAAUCAUGUCGGGAAUAAUCGAUGUGCAGAUUGUGGAUCGACGAGUGAUGUUACAUGGGUUAGCCUGAAUCUUGGGAUCGUGAUUUGCAUUGAAUGUGCAGGCAUUCAUCGAGAGCUUGGUGUUCAUAUUUCACGUAUUAGAAGCUUGACACUAGAUAACACUUCGAGCGAACAACUGGCAAUAGUAUUGGCUCUGGGAAACAACACGGCAAAUCAAAUUUGGGAGCACCAUGCGCCGCGAGACGCAAAACCGAAGCCAGAAGCAAGCCGUGAACAAAAGGAAGAAUGGGUCAGACAGAAGUAUCUCGAAAAGAAAUUUGUCGCCGCUAUUCGAGUCGAUGAAACUCUUGCCACUCAAGUUGUUCAGGCCGUUUUAAAAAAAGAUGUAAUCCAACUCUCUCUUUUGCUCACUCGUGCUCAAUCAAGCGAUAUUAAUUGCACCGUUUCUGCUACGGAUUUACGCACUCCGCUGCAUCUUUCUUGCUCAAAUGGAAGCCUUGAAACUUUGCAGCUUUUACUUUGGAAUCACGCCGAUCCGCAUGCUUUGGAUGAACACGGUCGUUCUGGGUUGUGGUAUGCGCUGCAGGGAGGAAACAAUGAGUGUGUCACCGUUCUCUACGCUAGUGGGGUGCCUCCCGAUUAUGGCCUAAUAGAUAACAAAUACGGGGGU